AUGAAGUCGUUACAGCUCGUCUUCGCUGCCAUCUUCCUCAGUCACGGGGUGUGGUCGCAGUUCACCGUACCGCCCGACACAACAGCUGAUCCCAAUACAAUCAAGACGUGCACGUGGUGGCACGUGGCAGGGAGUAGCGACUCCUGCGCCAGUAUUGCUUCCGCCUACGGGAUCACGAGCGAGCAGUUCGCAAGAUGGGACGUGACUGACUCUCCGAAGAACCCGUCCGUUGCAACGGCCUGCAAGCUCACUGUGGGCAACUCGUACUGCAUCGAAAACAACUUUGGUCAGGAUGACCCGCCAACGCCGUCUACAUCGUCGUCCACGCUGAUUGGCACUACCACGACAUCCACCACAGCCUCUACCACAACUGGCAACGGCAUCUCCACGCCCACGCCUAUCCAGGAGGGCAUGGUGAGUAACUGUAACAAGUUCCAUUUUGUUGAGCCAAACCAGGGAUGCACCACGAUCGGGUCCACCUACGGCGUUUCGCUCGCGCAGUUGGUAGCCUGGAAUCCCGCCAUUGGCUCCCAAUGCACGGGGCUUUGGGCGAAUACAUAUCUCUGUGUUGGUGUCGUCGGAUCGAGCACCACCUUGACGACGACAACAACGAAGGCGACCACUACAACGAGCAGUGGGAACGGCAUUACGACCCCGACGCCGACGCAGGCUGGCAUGGUGGGCAACUGCGACCGCUUCCACCUUGUCAAGUCUGGAGACCAAUGUGGCACCAUCGCGUCGACGUACGGCAUCACGCUGGCCAACUUUAUAGCUGGAACCAGCCGUGGGACCAGCGUAGGCCAGUCGCUAUGGCUCGACACGUAUGUGUGUGUGCGGACGAUUGGGUUCGUGCCGCCCAAGUCAACGACAACGACGACAACCACCAAGAAGACGACUUCGACAACUACCGCGGGAGGAGUUGCAACGCCGACUCCGACCCAGCCAGGAAUGGUCAGUGGCUGCAAGAAGUUCCACAAGGGGGGUGGGAACGUGUCAACAGUCGCCUCGGGAGAUCAGUGCGGCACCAUCGCAACGCGGUAUAGCAUCUCGCUGGCCAACUUUUACAGCUGGAAUCCGGCCGUGGGAAGCAAUUGUCAAACCCUCUGGUUGGAUUACUAUGUCUGCGUUGGUCGUUAG